AUGGCGGCCGUCUCGGAAGGGGUCUCUGAACCGAUGACUGCAGAUCAUUCACAGCACUGCUUACAACUUACCGAUCGUCUUGAGAUCCUGAGAAACGACGAACGUUUCUGUGAUGUGAUAGUCGAAGUAAAAGGCAAAGAGUUCAAAGUUCACAAAGCUGUUCUAGCUGCAUCAAGCCCGUUCUUUCUAACGCUUCUAGAAAGUAACAUGAGGGAAAGCAACGAACAUUUGAUCAAGGUAGAACUUGAGGAAGCAACUGCGUCUAUCAUGGAAGACGUGUUAAAGUACGUGUACACUGGAAAUGUUUCAGUCACCGAGGAAAGUGUUCACAAUCUGAUUGCAACGGCCGAUUAUCUUCUUUUACCAGGCUUAAAAUCGUUGGCUUGUGAUUUCUUGAAAGGGAUCUUGGCAACAGAGAAUUGUGUUUUUAAUUAUUACUUUGCUGAAAGAUAUCAGUGCAUGAAUCUAAUGGAGGAAUGCCGAGAGCUCAUAAAAUCAAAUUUCAGUGCUGUCAUGGAGACAGAUGACUUUCUAAACCUUGAUGUAAGGCAUGUUAGUAAAUGGGUGUCCAGUGAUGACAUCACUGUGAAAGCAGAAGAAGAAGUUUUCAAAGGAAUCGUCAAGUGGGUUAAUCACAACAAAAGUGAAAGAGAAAAAGAAUUUCCUUACUUGUUUCAUCAAGUCCGCCUUAAUUCUGUUGACCAAGAUUAUCUGGUCAAUGAAUUGGUAAAAGAGGAACUUAUAACAACUAACAAUGAAUGUCUAAACUUUGUGUUGGGUUUUUUGAAGUGGAUUUUGGACCCAACUCUUCAAUGUAGCAUCAAACCUAGAACAUGUUUGCAAACACAGGUCAAUGGAAUUUUUGUUUGUGGUGGAAAUAAAACCUUGUUUUACCUUCCCAAUCAAAACAUUUGGUACCAGUUAUCAGACUUGUUGAUGGAAUAUCAGGAUCACGCUGCCAUACAGUACCGAGAUAAAGUUUAUAUCUUCGGUAACCAAGGUGGUGGAGAUUGUUACAUGCCCUCAACCAACACUUGGGGUGCAAUUCAAUCAGAAUCUUUUUGUGGGAAAUUGUGCAGCUUGUUAAAAUUGGAUAAACACAAAAUUUUGUAUGCUGUGUUAGAGAGGUCAUUAAAAAGCUGUGGCGUGUAUCAUUACGAUCCUGUCAAGAGUGAAUGGAAAAAUUUUGUUGACGAGGAAAAGCUUCAGCUCUUUGGAGCCUGUGGUGUGACUGAUGGGUGUCACCUCUAUGUAAUAGGUGGAAGUAAAAGGGACGAUUGGCCUGCCGCCCUACCCCUUGGAUCAACCAAAGUAGUAAGGAUUGAUCCUGAGGAUGGCAAUCAUGAAGAGGUUGCAUCUAUGAAUGAGGCAAGGCAUGAUGCAUUUGGAGCAGCCAUGAAUGGUAAAAUCUAUGUGGGUGGUGGAAGACAGAAAAAAAGGACCCUCAGGACAUGUGAGAUGUACGACCUGUUAACUGACGAGUGGCAGGUGAUGCCAAGUCUUAAUGUACCACGUCACUCUUCAAGCAUGGUCUGCUAUGAGGAAGCUCUUUAUGCUGUAGGUGGAAUGAAAACGAGACAGGAUAGAGAGUUAUCUGUGGAAAUGUUUGAUUUUAAGACAAAUGAAUGGAAGAAGAAAUCAACCAUACCAGUUGCUGAUGAAAUUGAAGAGGAAAGAAAGGAAAAAUUGCAUUAUAAAGCCUGUUCUGCAGCAGUGCAUAAAGAUGCAUUACAAGAGCGUGUUGAGUACUAA